AUGACAGAAUUACAGCUGGUGUCCUUCCCACCGGAUGUAUUGGCCAGAAUCGCUCCUGAAGUCGCCUUAAGUAGACACUUGGCAAUAGGCAUACGGCCAAAUUUGAGAAACUUUCAUGAGUUUAAAGCAGUUAGUGUUUCCAACGGAGAUAUUACGAGAAAUGGAAAUGUGGUAGGAUCUUCAGUAGUGAGAUCAGGUAGUACGAUGAUUAUGUGCUCAAUUACGGCUGGUGUUAUAGAAGAUGCUAAAAGUGAUGCACUUUUAAGUGAGCAAAAAAGACAGGAAUUCAGUACAGUAUAUCCUGUAGUGGAAAUAUCAAGAGGUAGAUCUGGUGCCCCCACUGACGAGGAGAUGAUUCUUUCUCAAAGACUUUAUGAAACAAUCUUGCAUUCUAAAUUAAUUCCGUCAAGUUCGUUGAAUAUUGAACAUGGAAUAUCCGUGGUUGAUGAUCAAAAAAUGAAUAUUUACUACCCUGACUCACACAGUGAAGAAUUUGAUAUCUUGAGGAGCGGCAAAGCAUCUAAGAAGUAUUCAUUUGUUUUGAGUAGUCACAUUAAGGUGUUUUCGAGGACGGGGCCACUCUUUGAUUUGUGCUAUCUUGCGUUAACUCAUGCUCUAAGUUCCACCAUUUUACCCCGUAUAUAUAUAUCUGAUUUUAAUCCUCUUCGAAUCCCAAUCAACAAAAGGGGAAGAUUUAGCCAAGGUAAAGCUAAACAAACUACUUUUAAUAUCGACCAAAAUGAAAAAUUGAAAUAUGCUCUUACAAUUAAUAGGGAUGAAUUGGGCAUCAGCUCCAAUUUUGGUGUUUCAGGGAUGCAUAACACAGAUCAAGAUGGGAUGGAAGUUGACGAUGAUCCUAUUUUAUUGGCAGAUAUUGAUGGUGAAUGUGAGGAGAAUUCAAUUCAUUCCAAAAUUGACUUAAUUGCGAAUGAGAAAUAUUUGAAAAAUGUUAGUCUAGUAGGAGGCGGUGAAACUAUUACUUUGAAGUCAUUAAAAGACGCAAUUAAGAUCGCUAAACUAAGAGCAAAAGAUUUUGAAAAAUUUAAUGAAAUAUCAUAA